GCGGUCCUCUUACCUCCUUCGACUGGAAUGAAGCUGAGCCCAAGCGGAUCGGCACCUCCUCCAUUGACACCACCUGCACCAUCUGGGACAUUGAACGUGAGACUGUCGACACCCAGCUCAUUGCCCAUGACAAAGAGGUUUACGUUAUUACCUGGGGUGGUGUGGGCGUUUUCACCUCUGUCUCUACUGAUGGCUCUGUUAGGGUUUUUGACCUUCGUGACAAGGAGCAUUCCACAAUCAUUUAUGAAAGCUCUGAACCUGAUACGCCGCUGGUCCGCUUGGGAUGGAACAAGCAAGACCCCAAGUACAUGGCCACGAUCAUCAUGGACAGUGCCAAGGUCGUCGUGCUAGAUAUUCGCUUCCCAACACUUCCUGUUGUGGAGUUGCAGAGGCAUCAGGCCAGUGUCAACGCCAUUGCCUGGGCCCCACACAGCUCUUGCCACAUAUGCACUGCUGGGGAUGAUUCUCAGGCAUUAAUCUGGGACUUAUCAUCUAUGGGUCAGCCCGUUGAAGGGGGGCUGGAUCCAAUUCUAGC